CACUGACCCAGUUAGAUUCACACUCGAUAUUCACUCUCAUCCAUUUCUCUUUGCCAUUUCUGCUCUUGGUAGACGCCAAGCAGCCCAAAGCGCACAGAAAUGCAAUCCCCAUCCCAACAAGCCAGCAGCACGGCUCUUUCUGAAAACGAGCGACAUGGCAUCGGAGACACCAGUCUGCCGCUUCCUGAGAUGGCGGCUCCCAACUCCAAAGAAGAGGAGACCAAAACUCGAGAGAUAUCAAGUGACUCGUCAACGGAUGAUCUGGAGCCGCAAUGGAUCAGCGGCCUCCCGCUUGUGAAUAUGAUGGUCGCCCUGAGCAUCGUCAUGUUCCUCGUGCUCCUCGAUGGUUCGAUCAUUGGGACGGCCAUCCCACGCAUCACGAGCGAGUUCCAUUCUCUGGAAGAUGUAGGCUGGUACGGGUCGGCAUUUCAACUCGCGAGCGCCGCACUAGGACCCCUGACGGGGAAGAUCUACGCGACUUGCGAUAAAAAGUGGACAUUUAUAUGGUUCUUCGCUAUCUUCGAGGUGGGAUCACUCCUCUGUGGCGUGGCCGUGUCGUCCAACAUGUUGAUCGUCGGGCGGGCGGUGGCUGGCAUGGGCGUGGCGGGCCUGCAAAACGGUGGCCUGACCAUUGUAGCCAGCGCAGUUUCGCUUCAGAGACGUGCCAGUCUGAAUGGCAUUCUUGUGGGAUUGAGCCAGUUAGGCAUCGUGAUGGGGCCUCUAAUUGGGGGGGCUUUCACGUCAUAUUCCACUUGGCGAUGGUGCUUCUACAUCAACCUUCCUCUUGGCGCUGUCGUCGCCGUUGCCCUAUUCUUUGUGCGCAUUCCGGAACAAAAAGCCACGGGCAAGAGCGAACGCUUAAGUGCAAAAGCGCGUGCUUUGAUCAGAGACCUCGACUUGCUCGGCUUCACUCUGCUGACCGGAUUCGCAAUUGAGCUCCUCCUCGCUCUUCAGUGGGGCGGCAGCUCAUACGCCUGGAACAGCUCAGUCGUCAUUGGCUUGCUCUGCGGCGCUGCAGUCACCCUCGUCUUAUUCCUGUUCUGGGAGCAUCGCAAAGGCGACGAGGCCAUGAUUCCGUUCUCGAUCAUGACCAAGAGGGUCGUCUGGUGCGGCUGCCUGGUCUACGGCUUCUUGAUGGCGUCACUCUUCCUCUUGACCUACUACCUCCCUAUCUACUUCCAGUCCGUUCUGAAUGCGACGGCGAUAUUGAGUGGCGUCUAUACACUGCCGAACAUCUUGGCUCAACUGGCGGCUGCGAUCAUCUCGGGACUUUUAGUCGGUAGAUUGGGCUACUAUCUUCCUUGGAGUAUCGCCAGUGCAAUCAUGACAUCCAUCAGCACGGGUCUCAUGUCCACCUUUGACGUCAACACACCGGCGGGCAAGUGGGUCGGCUAUCAGAUCUUGUUCGGUGCUGGCUGCGGCAUGGGGAUCCAAAUGCCAAUCCUCGCGGCCCAAAACUCGCUCGCGGCCCAAUACAUCCCCAUCGCCAUCGCCACGCUCAUCUUCGCCCAGAACAUGGUGACCGCCAUCUGGCUGACCAUCGCCUCGACCAUCUUCGAGAACAGUCUCCGCACGCUCAUCGUGGAAUACGCCCCCUCCGUCGAUGCGGAGGUGGUGAUCAACGCGGGAGCCACGGGGAUCCGGGACGUGGUGCCGGCCGGCCCGGUCCUCACACAGGUGCUGGCGGCGUACUCGAAGGCUAUCGAUAACACCUUUUACCUCUCGACGGCGUCGUUGGCGGCGAGUUUGUUGUUCGUGUGGGGCACGGGGUGGAAGGAUAUUCGAAAGAAGAAGGAGACUUCGCUGUCGUAAGCAGCAGAUGGACAGGCUUGGUGAGUCACUGUCUACUUUUCUUGCAUUUGGCUGUCCUUUUGGUUCGGAAAGAGAUGUACAUGGCUGGGAAGGACAUUUCGGUUUGAGGCGCAUAACAAUAGCGUCCAAGAUUGCGUCAUGUAACAAAGCACCCAUUCGUACUAG